CCUUCAAUGGCAGUGGUGGAAAAGAGUCCUUUCCAUGCUCUCUUGAUAGGCACAGGCCUCCCAUGUGGGCUCAGCAAUGUUUCUGCCCACACACUCUGUGCAUGCAUUUUUUUCAUGGAUUUUCCCUGCAUUUUGCCAUCAGACCUUGGGCGCGGUGUGCUGGUGGCAAGAAGUGCCACAAAACUGGGGUCCUGCUGAGGGAAGAAGGUGGCAUUGAGCCAAAAACCUCAUCUUGGCAUGUAUGAAAGUGACACACCUUUCUUGACUCACACAAAGGCACCUUUGGAGUCCUAACCUGCCCCGAAUCCUCCCUAAUCAUUUAUCGCUUUCUGUGGCCUUGGUGCAAAGAUCUGAUGACCCAGAAUGGGAGGAGAGUCAAAAGGGCAGGAGUGGGAUGCGGCUGCAAAAGCUGGCAGAGCAGUCCUGGCCUCUCUGGUGCCAGGCUUCCACUCUGCACAGCCCUGACCAUGCUGGUGGCACUGCUUCUGCCCUUCCUGUGUCUCCUGAGCCCGGCUGCCGCUGGGAGGCUGCUGGUGAUCCCCAUGGAGGGCAGCCACUGGCUCAGCAUGAAAAAAGUGCUGAUGGAGCUGAGCAAGAGAGGGCACCAAGUCGUGGUCAUCGCACCGGACAACAAAAUCCUGAUCGAUUCCUCAGAUGUCUACGAACUGAAAACCUACCCUGUGCCAGUGACGAAGGAAGACAUGGAAGAACAGUUACGCUACUUCAGUGCAAGAGUUUUCAGCCAAGAUCCUUUCCUGGUGAGGUUCUGGAAGCGUUUGGAAGAUUACCGGAAGAGCGGGACCACGUUUCAAUCUUCGUGCAAGUCCUUGCUGUAUAACCAAGAGCUGUUGAAGUACAUUGGAGAGGGUCACUUUGAUGCCCUGCUCACGGAUCCAGUGUCGCCGUGUGGGCAGAUCAUUGCCCUGCACUUCUCCAUCCCCAGUGUUUUCUUCCUGCGGAUGGUUCCGUGUGCCCUGGAGGUUCGCGCGGCUCAGGGCCCGGACCCGCCGUCCUACGUCCCAUGCAUGUUCUCGGAAAACACCGACCACGUGACCUUCUCCCAGAGGGUCAAGAACUUCCUGAUUGCCCUUUCCGAGUCCUUAUAUAUCUGCAAUAUUGCCUAUUCUCCGUUUGAGGAGCUGGCCUCAGAGUUCCUCCAGAAACCCACAACAAUGACGGAGAUUUUAAGUCAUGGAUCCGUCUGGCUGAGGAGAAUUGACUUUGUCUUUGAGUAUCCCAUGCCUGUCAUGCCCAACAUGGUUUUCAUCGGAGGCAUCCACUGUGGAGAUAGGAAGAAGCCCUUAUCUCAGGUCAGUGGGUUGCUGGGAGAGGUUGUGGCAAUCACACACACCUGCAUGGUCCAAGUGAGGUAUUUGAGAGGGAUGUAUCUUAGCUUUUUCUUGGAGGGAGACUGAGGUGUUGGCACAAGGGCAGUGGCUUUAAGCUGCCAGAGGAAAGGAUUAGAGGAGAUAGUGGGAAGAAAUUCUUCCCUGUGAGGAUGCUGAGGCCGUGGCACAGGUUGUCCUGAGAAACUGUGGCUGCCACACCCUGGAUGUGUCCCAGACCAGAUAGGACAGGGCUUGGAGCAAGCUGGGAUAGUAGAAGGUGUCCCUGCCCAUGGCACGCGGUGGAAUGGGUUAAGCUUUAAGGUCCCUUCCAACACAAAUGCCCUUCCAUCCUGGCAUUCUACAAAGACCACCUGCCUCUUUCAAACUGUUGUUUUCUGUUGUGCAUUUACUGCUGGGAUUUGGGAUAUCUUCCAUGCUUUUGUUAGAAAGGCUUUGGGAUCUCCUGCCAUGGAUUUAUU